UUAAAGUGAUUUACAAAGUAAAACAACCCUAAAACGCGCAUCAAUUUUUGCAGAUAGCUAGAGUAGAAGGAAUAUGUGAGGUAGGUAUAUACACGCAUGCCAUAAUAUAUCCAUCUGCUUCCGUGACUUGAGUUAAUACGUACUAUCGUUAUCCUCUUCACAUGCAUGUUUAGUCAUGCUAAUCCCCCACCACCCACUGUGUAAUUAAUGGCGUGUUGAAUCGCCUAUAAAACGCCCUCCAAGCCAACCAUCCGAUCCUAUCCUCACACACAGCCAACUGGUAGCCAAGUGGAGUGUAGUAUAGCAACCAGCUGACCAGAGCAGCAUCAGCAGCCAUGUCGGAGGAGAAGCACCACCACUUCUUCCACCACCACAAGAAGGACGGCGAGGAGCAGCCCACCGGCGAGUACGGGUACUCCGAGACGGUGGCCGCCGAGGUGGUGACCACCGGCGAGGACGAGUACGAGAAGUACAAGAAGGAGGAGAAGGAGCACAAGCACAAGCAGCACCUCGGCGAGGCCGGCGCCAUCGCCGCCGGCGCCUUCGCACUUUACGAGAAGCACGAGGCGAAGAAGGACCCCGAGCACGCGCACAGGCACAAGAUCACGGAGGAGGUCGCGGCGGCGGCGGCGGUGGGCGCCGGCGGCUACGCCUUCCACGAGCACCACGAGAAGAAGAAGGACCACAAGGACGCCGACGAGGCCAGCGGCGAGAAGAAGCACCACCACCUCUUCGGCUGACCGUACCGUACCGUACCGUACCGGCCGGCGAUGAUGGAGCUCCGGCCUCCGGCGCACCACGUACCACCUGUUGAAUUCUGUACUGCAUGCGUGUUAAUUUGACGGUUCACAGUAAAUAAGUCCCUUUUCCGGACCUUGCUAAUAAGCUGUGUUGCUUGUGUUUGUGUGAGUGAGACUGAGAAGAGGUGGUGGGGUGGGGCCGGCCGUGUGCGUCGAGGUGUUCCUGUACUUGCUUCAAUUUCUCUGGCGUGUGUAAUUGUGUUGAAUAAGUGGGAGCGACAUGAUGCGCCCUAGUCAGGCUCAUGUGUAUCCGUAGUUGAAUGCUUGUACUAUAUUUGAGUAUGACAUGUGAAUGCAGCACGAUUUUAUUAA